ACGUUCGUGCCCACUUGCCCUCGGACGUGGGUUAUGAUGCAUUCAAAUUCGCACAUAUUGUGGUAAAACGCGAAACUUGACGUGUUAGUGUAGUUCUUUAUGGGACGUUUCGUAGUUCAUGGGUGCCCGUGGGCGGCUGUUGCGUGACGCUAAGCCGAAAGCCGAUCACCCUGGGUCGGACACUGACUUCACUGAGCACCGCUAAGCUCCCGUUAACUCCCGGAAAUGUGCCCCCCGGCCAAAAGCGUCCUGCUGUUCUUGGGUCUUCUGCUGGUCCAAACGGUCCAAGGAUCGGAGGCCCGGGCGGACGAGUGCGCCGACGUGAGCAACACCACAUGGCAGCAGUACCGCCAGCAGAGGCAGCAGCGAGCGCAGGCGCGGGUUCGCUUCCUGCUUAUGACCAGAGAGCGCCUGGGCUGUGCGAGCACCUUCCGCCAGAUGCCAGGAAGCGCCUUUAACACCACGCGGCCCACUAAAGUCGUCGUGCACGGAUACAGAACACUGGGCAGCAAACCCUCGUGGGUUCUGGAUCUGGCCGAGUCGCUGCUUGCCGUGGAGGAUGUCAACGUGCUGAUGGUGGACUGGGUGCGCGCCGCCUCGUUCGCCUACAACCUGGCGGUGGACAACUACAAGGAGGUGGCCCUGCAGAUUUCCGUCCUCAUCAAUCGGCUGCAGAAGGUCGGAUGCAAGCUGGAGUCGUUCCACUUCGUCGGCGUCAGUUUAGGUGCACACGUGGCCGGAUUUGUGGGAACGCUCUUUAAUGGCAGGAUCGGACGAAUCACGGCUUUGGACCCUGCCGGUCCCAUGUUUAAGGGCGCCGACACCUUUGACCGUCUGGACCCAUCCGACGCGCAGUUUGUGGACGCCAUACACACCGACUCAGACUACUUUGGCAUCUCCAUCCCGGUCGGCCACGUGGACUUUUUCCUGAAUGGUGGAAACGACCAGACGGGAUGCGCACGAUCCCGCUUUGCCACUGUUUUGGGCUUCCUUCCAGUGUACGGCUAUGUGAUUUGUGACCACAUGAGGGCGCUGCACGUGUACAUGAGCUCUCUGAAUGCUUCGUGCCGGCUCAGCGGCAUCCCCUGUGACAGCUACCAAAACUUCCUGCAGGGUCGAUGCCUCCACUGCAACGCCUUCCAGGGAACGUGCCCCACCAUCGGUUUGUCCGAAAAGUGCGGCAUCACCUCAUCUCCCCUCCCCAGCGAGCAGAAACUGUUCCUGCUCACCACGUCUCUGCCGCCUUUCUGCGCUCAUCACAUCCUUCUGGUGUUGGAAGCGUCUGCUCUCGCUAAAAGCGCAGAAGUGGAAGUGACGCUGACCACCGGAGAACUGGAUACACCACGACGACUCCGGCUUCAAACAGACGCGACGAUGUACCGGAUGAUGUUGGCUCACCCGGCGGCGCUGUGUGAGAUCCACUCCAUCACCCUGAAGAACACGGGCGCUCGUUUCUACCGCCAGAACGACAUCCAUCUCAAGUCCAUCUGUUUGUCUCAGAUUGCCGCGCCCAGGCGCGAGGAUCCAUUGUGCGUGAACAACAUCAACAUCCGACGAGGAGCUCCAUGGUCACAUGACUUUGUGCAGGUGUGCAGCUAGCUCCGACACCAACUUUAGAGAUCAAAUGAGGAUUUUUUAAAAUUUUUGUCAUUUCUAAAUUCUAGCCAUGACUCAAAUCAAUGAACGGUGAUCCGUCAAUUGUUAUGAGAGGAGGAACUAAACCAAAGGCAAACAGACACAGUGAAGGAGGCCAAGUUAGCAAGUGUGUUUAUUGUUGUCAUUUUACACACAAGUAAAAUAGGCUUAAAAAUA